AUGGGGAAGGGCCGCGACAAGCGUAAGAAGCACGAGGACCCGGAGAAGGCGGUGAAGCGGGCCACCCGGCAGGUUCACAAGCGCGCCAAAGGGAAGCACCAGCAGGGGUGCGAAGGUGGCGACGGGGCUACAGGCUUUAACAACGAGGAGGCACCAGAAGUCACGCUGAACCGCAUUCGCAAGCUGGAGAGCAAGACGCGCACAACAACGGAGGAGGAGAACAUUCAGCCGCCAAGCCCACGCGCAAACGUCGUAUUUGCGCCACACCCAGAGCGGGAUCAUGAGCUCCUCGUCUUUGGCGGGGAGUGCUGGGACGGCGAGAAGACUGUUGCUUAUAAUGAUCUCUACUUCUACCAUACGAAGCGCAGUGCGUGGUCACGUCUCGUGACCGCGGUGAACCCGCCGCCGCGAAGCAGCAGCCAGGGCGUCGUGUACAAGCACUACUUCCUCAUAUGCGGUGGGGAGUUUGUGUCGCAGUCACAAUCACAAUUCCUACACUUCAAGGACGUUUGGCGCUUUGAUGCACGAAAGUAUGAGUGGGAAGAGCUGAAGACCCUCAAGGGCGGCCCCUCCUCGCGCAGCGGUCACCGCAUGUGCCUCUGGCGUCGUAGCGCUGUUCUCUUUGGUGGGUUCUACGACAACGCGCAGGAGUGUCAUUACUACAACGACUUGUGGGUGCUGUCACAUUUGGAUGGUGCAGGUAAAUGGACAGCGAUCAAGACUUCGCCGUAUGCCGAAUCACCACAACCGCGCAGUGGACACUGCAUGGCGGUUCACAAUGACACGCUGUUCGUUUUCGGCGGCUUCUCCACGGAGAAGUUCAACCGCUUUAAAAAGUCGCAGGCGACGGUGCACCACGACCUCUGGACAAUCAAACUGCAGCAGUCCAGCGACGACAACGACAACGCCGACAACUUUGCCGUGUGGACCAAAGUACGGCUUGGCGGCAUUCCUCCACCCAUUCGAUGCGGUGUGAGCUGCGCGUUCAAGGACAAGAAGAUGUAUCUCUUCGGUGGCGUAGUGGACAUCGAAUCGCCCGGUGGAAAGGUUGUGUCAAGCUUCAACAAUGACCUUUUCAUUUUCCACAUGGACACGAAGCGCUUCUACCCAGUUGUACUGCGCGCCAAAAAGACGACAAAGGCGAGUACCGCCGUGCAGGGCGACCUGCAGGCAGAGCUUAGAGCCCUCCACCUGCAGCACCUCGCCGAAGAUGGCUCCGCCAGCGAUGAUGAAGAUGCCGACGAGGAAGAGGAUGACGAUGACGGCAGCAGUGAGCUUGGCGAGAAUGAGGCGGCGGUGGACAGCACCCAGCUAAAGGAAAGCUUCUCAGUGAACCAGCGUGGGCAGAUUUACCCACACCGCCGCAUGAACGCCUCGACAAUAAUCGUGGGCAAUACACUCUACAUUUUUGGUGGGCAGUUCGAGUGCGGCGCGCGAGAGGUAACUAUGGCGGAUCUCUUCGCGCUCAACCUCAACACAUGCGACUCGUACCGUGUGCUGCUCUCGCAGGACCUUUCGGCGGCGGUGUGGCUGGGCAAAGAGGCGGAGGCGAGCGACGCCGGCUCGUGGGAGAGCGGCAGCACCGUCGUCAGUGCGGCGUUCGACCUCGACUACGACGAGGAUGACUUGGACGACGAUGACGAGGUGGUGGACGGCGGUGUCGAUCUGGGACGAAUUCCGCGCGAGCUGCAGGAGGGCGACGACGGCGAUGAGGCGCCGCUGGCGAUUCCUGCCGAACUUAACGCCGCCGUGACGCUCAGCCGCGAGGUAGUGGACGGCAUCACAACUGUUAAGGGCAAGAAGGGCCUGAAGGUCCACAAGGAGCAGUUGCUGGCGCAGCUCAGCGCCGGCUUCUCAGUGCCGACUCCACUCAAGGAGGAGAAUGCCGCGGAAUUCUUCACGCGCACCACGCCGUUUUGGUUGUCGAUGGCGAAGGAGUCGUUGGAAGACGGUGGCAGCACGAAACGUCAGUCGGAGCGACGCAUUCAGAAGCUGGCGGGGCAAUUUUCCCAGCGACGGUAUAACGAGGCGAAAAAGCUGCUCGAGCAGUUGCGCCUCGUGGAGGAGCGUGAGGAGGAGGAGGCGCGCUUCUUUCGCGAGCGCCGCGAGCAGAAGGAGAGGGAAUGGGAGGCGUAUGAGCAGCAGCUUGCGGCUGAGGACGAGGAAAAGGAGGAAGAGGCGGGCGAAGGUGAAGGUGGAAAAGAGGACAUAAAAGACGACGUCGAAGAGUGA